AUGAAGGAGGAAGGCGCGCUGGCGCAGGCGCUGGGCCGCGCGCGCCGCCUGCACGCGGUGUUCCAGGCGGCCGAGCUGCCCGAGACGCACCGGCUGCUGCGCCAGACCUGCCGCCACUUCGCCGAGCGCGAGCUGGCGCCCGCGGCCGCGCAGCUCGACAGGGAGCACCGCUUCCCGGCCGCGCAGGUGAAGAAGAUGGGGGAGCUGGGGCUGCUGGCCAUGGACGUGCCGGAGCGGUACAACGGGGCCGGCCUCGACUACCUGGCCUAUUCGCUCGCCGUGGAGGAGAUCAGCAGGGGCUGCGCCUCCACCGGCGUCAUCAUGAGCGUCAACAACUCUCUCUACUUAGGGCCGAUACUCAAGUUUGGUUCUGAAGAACAGAAGCAGAAGUGGAUUACGCCCUUCACCAGCGGGGAGAAAAUCGGGUGUUUUGCCCUUAGUGAACCAGGAAACGGCAGCGACGCGGGCGCUGCCUCCACCGUGGCCCGCCUGGACGGCGACGAGUGGGUUCUGAAUGGCACCAAGGCCUGGAUCACCAACGCCUGGGACGCUGCUGCCGCCGUCGUGUUCGCCACGACCGACAAAGCCCUGAAGCACAAGGGCAUCAGCGCCUUCCUGGUGCCCAUGCCGACCGCCGGCCUCUCGCUGGGCAAGAAGGAGGACAAGCUGGGGAUCCGGGCGUCCUCCACCGCCAACCUCAUCUUCGAGGAGUGCCGCAUCCCCAGGGACAACCUGCUGGGGCAGCCGGGCAUGGGCUUCAAGAUCGCCAUGCAAACCCUGGAUGGGGGCAGGAUUGGGAUCGCCUCCCAGGCUCUGGGAAUAGCCCAGGCAGCUCUGGAUUGCGCCGUGGAAUACGCCGAGAAGAGAAUGGCCUUUGGGGCGCCCAUCACCAAGCUGCAGGCGGUUCAGUUCAAGCUGGCCGAUAUGGCUGUGGCGCUGGAGGGCGCGCGCCUGCUCACCUGGAGGGCUGCGAUGCUGAAGGACAACGGGAAGCCCUUCACCAAGGAAGCUGCAAUGGCCAAGCUGGCUGCAUCAGAAGCUGCAACAGCCAUUUCGCAUCAGGCCAUCCAGAUCCUGGGCGGGAUGGGCUACGUGACGGAGAUGCCGGCGGAGCGGCACUACCGCGACGCCCGGAUCACCGAGAUCUACGAGGGCACCAGCGAGAUCCAGCGGCUGGUGAUCGCGGGGCAGCUGCUCAAGGGCUACCGCAGCUGAGGGCGCCGGAGGGGAGCCUUCCUCCCCGCCACCCUCCUCUUCACCAUGCCUGGCCUUUGGACCAUUCAGUGCAGGGAUACCUGUGGGGAGAGCGGGAGCACCACUGGCUCUAGGGUGGGGUGCCAGCCUUUUCCUAAGGGGGAAGAGCCCUUUGGAGUUGGUGGAGGCACCGGGACAUUGCUGCUGCAUGAAGUCAGGUGCUAUCUCCAUCAGUGGACGUUUCUUGUUUGUAGGAGUCUGUCCCACCCUGCUCUGCCAUAACCAGUGCCUAAAUCCAAGCAGAGGGGGCAGGAGGACAAUCCCCUGUCCCGCUGCCUCUCGGGCUGGGGCUGCUGCCGGUCACCAGCUCCUUUCUGGGCCCGGGCGGCACCGGGACCGGGGGGGCGCUGCCAACCCUAGGGGGACAGUCAUGGUGCCUCCACAGCAACGAGUACAGGGACACGGGACUCCCCGGAAAGAACACAGAGAAGGACAGGUCGAGUUUACUGUUAAUAACAAAUAAUAAGGAAGUGAAGAGACGAAACAAUAAGCCUGCUCUGUGCUGGGUUUUAACAUCAGACCAAAUAAGCAAGGUAAUGCACUUAACCAUGGCUAUAUGAGCAAGAGAUUAUGAUUAAGAAAAAGCUACAUGACCAGUUGCACGAAUACGUUACCGUCAUCCUGCCGCACAGCCGCUGUGACAGCCAGGGUUGGGACAAUGUUCCUGGCACCUGGGAGGUCUUAGGCCACCCCUGAGGGUGCCAAAGUUGCUGCAAGAGGGUCCAGCUUUUAUAGAAGCAAAUCAGCAAAACCCAUGUUUUCUUUGUGAGCAGUAACAUCUGGCCUGUCCUGCUUUCCUUACCAUGCGGGUCUAGGACCUGGCCAGAGCCCUGGCUUCAAAUGGGAGGGUUCCCUCUGAAGUCAAAUACCUGCACGAGGGCCUACGAUUUACAAGUUACAGGUUUAGGAGCCUCCGUGCAGGUCGGCAUGACCAGGUAGGUCCAUGUUCUCCUGCAGCAGCAGAGCCCUGUUGAGCUGUGUCACCCCUGACUCGCGCCUGUCGUUCAGGCC